UUAGAAUCGUGGAUCUCUGAGGAAUUUAAAUCCGUCUUGGUUGGAUCCCAAAAUAAAUAGUCCCUUUCUUGUUCCACAAGGAGCCUCUUUAAGAGCAACAUUCAAACAUGUAAAGGAGAGAAAGAUAAAGACAAAAAGGGUGAAUAGAAAUGGACAAAGUCCAGCAACAAGCAGAUUUGCUCGGAAAGAAGAUUUCCCCGUUUGUAGCACAGCCGACAAAUGUCGGAGGAUUCACUGAUCAGAAAACCACCGCCGAUUCCCAGACGACACAGCCUCCAGCUACGUCACCUCCUGCUCCUCCACCCCCAGAGGGUGGCGGUGGCGGCUCACAAUCAUCUCCCCCGCCCGUAACGGCUGCUCCCCCACCACCGAAUCAGCCUCCUAAUACAAGUCCACCUCCAACGCCUCCUUCUAAUUCCCCUCCACCUUCUAUAACUCCACCUCCUUCACCUGCUCAGCCUCAACCCCCGCCUCAAUCAACCCCAAGCGGAGAUUCUCCAGUGGUAGUUCCUUUGCCAAGGCCUCAGUCUCCUCCUAUUUCUUUUCUUCCUCCUCCUACCGUAGUUACUCAGCAACCGGAGACAAGACCUAACAAUGGUGAACCACAAAACCCCAUUAACAACCCUAUUUCUCCUCCGUCUCUCCCUUUUACUCCCUUUUCGCCGCCUGUUGGGGAAGUUUCCGGUAGCCAAGGGUCUCCUCCAUUUUCAUCUUUAUUGCCUCCGGUGAUUCCCCUAAACCCUAAUAUUCCACAGCCGUUGGAUUUACCUUUGGCAGGAGGAUUAAAUCGUGUACCCUCGUCCCCUCCUUCCCUCUCCGACUCCAAUAACAAUUCCGAAGGCUCUAACAGCAAUAGUAACGGAAAUGGACAACAACAUAAUUACACCGAGAAGACAAUGAUCGGUAUUGGGAUUGCAGGUGUGUUAGUCAUUUUAUUCGUUGCUGCCGUUUUCUUUGUUAGGAGGAAACAAAAGAAAGGUUCUUCUUCUCCCCGCUCUAACCAGUAUUUGCCACCUGCUAAUGUCUCUGUAAAUACAGAGGGAUUCAUUCAGUACAGGCAUAAACCGGGAAAUGGGAACAACUCGGCGCAAAACUCAUCACCAGAUACUAACAGUCUCGGGAAUCCAAAACUCGGUAGAACAACACCACCUGACUCCGCAGUAUUAGGGACUUCAAAGAUCAUUUUCACCUUUGAAGAGCUAAGCCAAAUAACGGAAGGAUUUUCCAAGAGAUUUGUGGUAGGAGAAGGUGGGUUCGGGUGUGUCUACAAGGGCAUCCUUUAUGAGGGAAAGACAGUGGCGAUCAAACAGCUAAAGUCGGUCAGCGCAGAAGGAUAUAGAGAGUUCAAAGCUGAAGUAGAGAUCAUUAGCAGGGUGCAUCAUAGGCACUUGGUGUCUCUUGUUGGUUAUUGCAUCUCUGAACAACAUAGAUUCCUCAUCUAUGAGUUUGUCCCCAACAAUACUUUGGAUUACCAUUUACAUGGCAAAGACUUGCCAGUUCUGGAAUGGAGUAGAAGAGUCAGGAUUGCAAUAGGCGCAGCCAAAGGUCUUGCUUAUCUACAUGAAGAUUGUCACCCGAAGAUUAUCCAUAGGGACAUCAAAUCGUCAAACAUUCUGUUGGAUGAUGAAUUCGAAGCUCAGGUCGCAGACUUCGGACUUGCCAGACUGAACGAUACUGCACAGUCCCACAUAUCAACGCGUGUCAUGGGCACAUUUGGGUAUUUAGCUCCAGAAUAUGCUUCAAGUGGAAAACUCACUGAUCGAUCAGACGUGUUUUCAUUUGGAGUUGUGCUGCUCGAACUCAUAACCGGUCGCAAACCUGUUGAUACAUCUCAACCUUUGGGUGAAGAGAGUCUCGUUGAAUGGGCACGUCCACGAUUAAUCGAGGCCAUUGAAAAAGGUGACAUCAGCGAAGUAGUGGAUCCACGGCUGGAGAUGCAUUACAUUGAAGGUGAAGUCUAUAGAAUGAUCGAAACGGCAGCGUCUUGCGUUAGGCAUUCAGCUCUAAAACGACCUCGUAUGGUUCAGGUUGUAAGAGCUCUGGACACGCGAGAAGACUUCUCGGAUCUGACAAACGGAGUUAAAGUCGGUCAAAGUACGGUCUACAACUCGGGUCAAUACAGUAAUGAGAUUCGAAUUUUCAGACGAGCCUCUGAGGAUUCCUCGGAUCUCGGUAAUACUAACUCUGGCUACUACCCAAGCCAAGACUACACGACUAGCCAUGAAUCUGAGAGCCGAGCCUUCAACACAACUCAUCUGAACCGCUGAAACCAAUCCUUUACGGAAGAUGUGUUU